AUAUAAGCGUGCUAAAAAAAAGGUUGUGGCAGGUAGAAUACCUGCAUAUUAAUUAUACCUACCUAACUAUUUCCGUGUAUUUAAAAUUGCGUAUGACAAUGAAGUAAAAUUGCUUACAUAUACAAAAGUGGACAUUUGGUUAAAUUUAAAUUAACAACUAAUUAAUAGUUCAACUAAUCAACAUACAACAUGGCGCUCAUUCUGAGAGGUGCGGUGAAGCUAUAUUACCAUCUGAAUGAAGAAAUUGUUGAUCCCAGGACACAAGAUUGGCCAUUAAUGAAGACCCCUUGGCCGGGGCUCGGGUUGCUGGCGAUAUACUUAUUGACAGUGCUCAAGUGGUUGCCGAAAUACAUGGAAAGCAGACCGGCUUACAACCUGCGGAGUGUGAUAGCUCUCUACAACGCAGUGCAGAUCCUCGCUUGUUCUUAUGUUGUUUAUCAGAGUCUGACGCUGGCGUGGCUGCGACACUAUUCGCUGCUGUGUCAACCGAUGGAGUACGGAGAGCAGGGUACGGAGUUUGCGUGGAAAGUUUGCUACACCUACUUCUUCAUUAAACUGGCUGAUCUCUUCGAUACCAUAUUUUUCGUAUUGAGAAAGAAACAAAACCAAGUGUCAUUCCUACACGUUUACCACCAUUGUGGCAUGGUCGCGGUUGCGUGGUCAAUGGUCAAAUGGUUGCCAGGAGGACACACGUCGUUCUUGGUGGUAGUGAACUCGUUCGUUCACAUCGUCAUGUACAGUUACUACCUGCUCACCGUGUGGGACGACGCCUACAAACAGUCGCUCUGGUGGAAGAAGCACGUCACUCAGUUGCAGAUCCUCCAAUUUACAAUACUAUUCCUCCACUUCUCCGCGUUGGCGCUAGUGGACGAGUGCGCGUUCCCGCGACAGCCGGCUUACAUCCUCAUACCGCAGAACCUCUUCAUGGUCAUACUCUUCAGCGACUUCUACUACCGCGCCUACAUCAAGUCUAGCAGUAUCGCCAAAAAUAAAUAAAUAAUAAAAUUAUUAUUUUAGUAACACUUCGUUUUUCCCUUUUUCAUAAUUUCAUCAUUAGGUACUUACUUUUUUUUAUGCUAUACUAGCGGACGCCCACGACUUCGACCCAGAAUAAAAUCUAUUUUUAACCGAUUUCAAAAAGGAGGAGUUCUCAAUUCGGUCGGUAUUUUUUUUAUCAUUCCAAAUUUCACCCAAAUCGCUUCAGAAGUCGCAGCAAAAGGAGAAACAAACACAGAAAUUUGAAAUUUCUUACAAGGAAAAACUCGAUA